UGAGCCAAGUCAAAGCCCUGGAUUCACUCGUGCGAACAUUUUAGGCCCGAUUGGGUCUGGUUUCUACCACUCAGUCGGCGGCGACAGGGCGAGCAAGAAGGCCUCGUCGACACCACCACCACCAUCGCCUCGACCUCUGAAGAAGUUCGCAUUUUUCACCCGAAAAAUCAUGGGAUUUUAAUUUGUUGAUGUACUCAAAAGGAAAUGAUGCAAUAUCUGAGGCCAGGCAGGGUCGAAGGUUUGUGUGGUGCUAAGCUUCGUUGGGCUCGUCUGGAUUCGUCGAACCCUUCAAGCCAUUGGUCAAGAGACUGGAGGCCACCAAUAUUGUGACCAAAAAACCCGUCCUACGUCGCCUUCACCGACACCGAGCGCCUCAUUGGCGACACUGCCAAAAAUCAGGUCGCCAUGAACCCCACGUACACCGUCUUCGAUGCGAAGCGGUUGAUCGGUAGGCGUUUCAGUGACCCCUCGGUGCAGAGCGACAUGAAACUAUGGCCGUUCAAGGUGGUCGCCGGACCCGGCGACAAGCCCAUGAUUGUGGUGCAGUACAAGGGCGAGGAGAAGCAGUUCGCCCCUGAGGAGAUCUCUUCCAUGGUCCUCACCAAGAUGAAGGAGAUCGCCGAGGCGUACCUCGGCACCCCCGUCAAGAACGCGGUGGUCACCGUCCCUGCCUACUUCAACGACUCCCAGUGCCAGGCCACUAAGGACGCCAGCGUCAUUGCCGGCCUCAACGUCAUGCGUAUCAUCAAUGAGCCGACCGCUGCGGCAAUCGCGUACGGCCUCGACAAGAAGGCCGGCGGUUCGUCCGGCGAGAAGAACGUGCUCAUCUUUGAUCUCGGCGGCGGCACCUUCGACGUCUCCCUGCUCACCAUCGAGGAGGGCAUCUUCGAGGUGAAGGCCACUGCCGGCGACACUCACCUCGGUGGCGAAGACUUCGACAACCGGUUGGUGAACCAUUUCGUGCAGGAGUUCAGGAGGAAGCACAAGAAGGACAUCAGUGGCAACCCGAGGGCGCUGAGGAGGUUGAGGACGGCUUGCGAGAGGGCGAAUCGGACGCUGUCGUCCACAGCUCAGACCACCAUCGAGAUCGACUCGCUGUACGAGGGCAUCGACUUCUACUCCACUAUCACCCGGGCGAGCUUCGAGUUGCUCAACAUGGACUUGUUCAGGAAGUGCAUGGAGCCAGUGGAGAAGUGCCUGAGGGAUGCCAAAAUGGACAAGAGCAGCGUGCACGAUGUCGUUCUCGUCGGCGGCUCGACGAGGAUUCCCAAAGUCAAGCAGCUGUUGCAAGAAUUCUUCAACGGGAAGGAGCUCUGCAAGAGCAUCAACCCCGACGAGGCCGUCGCCUACGGCGCUGCUGUCCAAGCUGCGAUAUUGAGCGGUGAAGGCAACGAGAAGGUGCAGGACCUGCUGCUCUUGGACGUCACUCCUCUGUCCCUGGGAAUCGAGACGGCCGGUGGAGUGAUGAUGGUGCUGAUUCCGAGGAACACCACCAUCCCCACCAAGAAGGAGCAGAUCUUCUCCACCUACGCCGACAACCAGCCGGGAGUUCUGAUUCAGGUCUACGAGGGUGAGCAAGCGCGGACGAAGGACAACACUUUGCUGGGCAAAUUCGAGCUCUCCGGCAUCCCUCCUGCUCCAAGGGGCGUGCCUCAGAUCAAUGUCUGCUUCGACGUCGAUGCCAAUGGCAUACUGAACGUCACCGCAGAGGACAAAACGACGGGGCACAAGAACAAGAUCACGAUCACCAACGACAAAGGCAGGCUUGGCAAGGAAGACAUCGAGAAGAUGGUCCAAGAAGCAGAGAAGUACAAGGCGGAGGACGAGGAGCACGAGAGGAAGGUGGAGGCGAAGAACGCGCUGGAGAACUACGCGUACAACAUGCGGAACUCGAUCAAGGACGAGAAGGUCAGCUCCAAGCUGCCUCCGGCCGACAAGAAGAAGGUCGAGGACGCGAUCGAGCAGGCGAUUCAGUGGCUGGACAGGAACCAGCUUGCCGAAGUCGGCGAGUUGGAGGACAAGCUCAAGGAGCUCGAGAGCCUCUGCAAUCCAAUCAUCGCCAAGACGUACCAAGGUGCAGGAGCUGCCAUGCACGGUGGAAUGCAGGAAGAUGGUAAUCCCAGUGGUGCAGGGCCUAAAAUCGAUGAGGUUGAUUAAGCAACAUAGUUGAAUACAAACGUAAAGAUCUGCUGCUGAUGUUAUCGAUCUAUGGAGUACAUGCUCAGAAUGUUCUGAUGAUAAUAACCACGCAUGUAUGAGCCUUUUUGCCUCCAGGAAGGAACACAAAAUUACAUAA